AUGGAUUUCGACAUUGAGAUGGGAGACGCUGCGCAGGUCACGCAAGACCUGCCAGCAGAGGAACUGCCACUGGCAGAUGAUAUUUUGGGAACGGCCGAACCUCAGGAGCCCGGAGAGCUGGUGGAGGACGAAUCUGCCAACCAGGAUGAGAACGAACGCAAAACUCUGAUUCCCAAUAAGCUUCAUAUUCGAGGUGUCGAUACCUUACAUACGGACGAUAUAAAAGCAUACAUCAAGAGUCAUUUUGGGCCAGUGGACAAGAUUGAGUGGAUUGACGAUAGUUCGGCAAACCUGGUGUUUGUCAACGAGCUUACAGCCCGAGAUGCCAUCAUGGCGUUGAGCGCUAUUGAGGUAGUCGACGUGACAGUUUUGCCGCCAGGAGAGACUCUGCCGGCGAAGUCGUUUGAUGGAAAGCCAGAAAUUUCACUACAUGUUCGCUUCGCUGUCACUACCGACAAGAAACAGGCUGGAGCCGCACUGCGCAGCAGAUACUAUCUCCUACACCCGGAACAUGAUCCCGAAGAACGGCGCCGGAGAUACAAAGAAAACAGGCCAAGGUACAGAGAGAGAGACGACGAUUAUCGCAGAAGCGCUGGCCGGCGAAGACGCGACUCGGACGAUGAUGUCGAGACGUUCGAGGCUAGCAUGUAUGAUGACAUUCCUCGCUCGAGUCGCUCGCAACGAGACUCGGCCCCAGCGGCCAAUUUGAGAUCGUACGCCGAGGAGAACCGUGGAAAAGAGCUAUUCAUGAAAAAAUCUACCAGGCGCGACAGGUCGGCUUCCCCCCGACGAGACCGCGACGGGGAUGCCCAGAUGGAUGACAUGGACGGAUCCUCGCACAGAAAUAGAGCCCAGGCCAGAUCCAUCAAAAAUCGUAUAGUUGCCGAUAAUAGCAGCAAAGAAUUAUUCCCAACCAGAGCUAGUGGACGAGGUGGCCAACUGGAUCAACUUGAAGAUUCCAUUGGCUCUGCGAGGCUAGAAGACCAGGAUCUUCCCAAGAUCGUCGACAUCUCUGACGCCCAAUCCGGCAACUCUAUUAACAUUCGAGGUCUGGCCAACCAGAGAGCUGACGACAGGGCUGGGUUUUCCAUAAAAGGAGCUGCUGCCACGAGUGCUCGGGAGCUGUUCCCCGACAAGCUGGGCGCAAGCAAUGCAGGCAAGGAGCUGCUGGAUCCAGCGCGUUCAAAGCGAAGACAAAGGGCCGAGGACCUCUUCUCCUAA